AUGCGUCUAACCAUUGUUUCAACCGACCUCCUAAUCUCGGUCUUCUGCAUUCCAUUCAGUUACUGGCAAGUGCUCAUUUUCGACGACCAACGAUGGCUCUUCGGUUCCAUGAUGUGCUCUCUUCUGGCCUUUCUGCAAGCAAUGGCCGUAUUUCUCUCCGCGUGGACUCUCGUUGUCAUUAGUUUCGACCGUUGGAUGGCCAUCAUGUUCGUCUUGACUCCAUCGAUUCGAAUCACCACUCGAAGAGCUUUAUAUCUUGUAGCCGCCACAUGGAUCUUUAGUAUUCUAAUGGCCCUCCCUCUUCUCUUCACCACAAGAUCCUUCGAAAUCCAGGAAGGAAUCGAGAAUUGUGGAGAGAAUUGGACAUAUUUCGGUGAUGCGGGAGAGCAAGUCCGGAAAGUCUAUUCGUCGAUGGUUGUCAUUCUACAGUAUAUUGUACCACAGGCUGUUCUCAUAAUCACUUAUACACAUAUCGGAAUAAAGAUGUGGAAUAGUCGGGUGCCGGGAAUGCAGAAUGGAGCAACGAAGAAGAUGAUUGUGGAUAGACAUGAAAGUGUGAAAAAGCUUGUCCCAAUGGUCAUCCUCAUCUCGGCUCUCUUCGCUCUAUGCUGGCUUCCGUUGCUCAUUCUGAUCAAUGUGAUCCCAGAAUUUUAUCCGAAUAUCAACAGUUGGGGAUACAUUCUGUACUUGUGGUGGUUUGCUCACGGGCUCGCAAUGCUGCACUCCAUCGUCAAUCCCGUCAUUUAUUUCAUCCGUAACGCCCGUUUCCGUGAGGGAUUCUGCUACUUCUCAUCCAAACUUCUCCCAUGUAUUGCAUUCAAAGAAUUCCGACUGCUGACGGAUAAUAAUACCAGUCGGAGGCACCGUUUACGAGAUAUUCACGAGGUGGAGGCCUUGACCGGCAAACAUUCCGUUCGGCACGUUUCUUCGAAGCACGACCGCUUGUCGUCAUCCGAAAUAACUCUGCCAAUUCUCUCGCGUAGUUUCUCGCGAGUCCUUCGAAAGAUUGAUUUACCAUGUACUUGA